CCAAUACUUCAAGAGUUUAUUAACAGAAGAACUCCGCACAUUUCCUUUUCAUCACAAGGUUGCUCUAAAACUACUUUAAACUCUGCACAUGAAUAACCAGAAGUAAUGGGAAGUAGGCACCCAAAAACCGAAGCACUUACCAAACUAUUCUAAUUAGAGCUAAAAAUGAUCUGGCAUACUAAAUUCUGACUGCAGAAUUCAGGUACUAAUUUCGCCUAAUCAAAAUGUCUAUUCCUCACAAGUCAUCCUCAUCUCUAUGUCCCUAAUGGUUUCCCCCUUCACUUCUGCAGCUUGUAUGCCUAUAAAGAGGUGUUACCAUGGCCCAGAGACUGCACCAAUCUCAUUAGUUCUCACUUACGAGGGGCAUAUACGAAGGGAAGAGCACUCAACCUCAAAAAUGACAAUCAACUUCCCCUCUUUCGACCAUGAAUCUGCUCCAGAGGCGCUGCAGAAAACCUUACUACACAAAGUCGUAAACAAGACAUGUCAGACAACACACGACCUGGCGAGGCACUUACCAACAGGGACAGUUCUGGCAUUCCAACUCCUGUCACCCAUCGUCACAAGAGAAGGUAACUGCGACCCCACUGGACUGUACUUGACCGCCACCCUUGUAGCAGUCUGUGGGCUAUCGUGUUUUCUGUUGUGCUUUACUGACAGCUUCAGGGACAAGAGUGCGAAGGUUUGUCAUGGUAUAGUCACCUUCCGGGGCAUACGGGCCAUCGACACUUCUGCCGACAUCCCACCGGGUUUCGCGGAGAGGUACAGAAUGCGGUUGACGGAUUUUGUGCAUGGUUUCCUUUCCGUGCUUGUGUUUGCGGUGGUUGUGCUAUUUGAUAAGAACAUGGUAAAGUGCUUCUGCCCAGCACCCUCAGAUCAAAUCCAGAAGCUUCUCACGGCAUUGCCGAUUGGAAUUAGUGGGAUCUGCAGCUCUUUGUUUGCAGUUUUCCCCACUAAACGCCAUGGGAUUGGAUAUCCCCUCUCUAAUAUGUGAUAUAACAAUAAAUCUUCCACUUGAUCCAUCAAAUAUUUUUUGUGAUUUUCUUCUUAGCUCUCUUUCGAGGAUAUAUCAAACAUAGCAUGUCACCUGCAAGUUAAUCAUUAUAGUAGCAAUAUCAAUGUUGACGACUUUGUGGUCAUUUAUUGAUCAAGGAGACCAUGCUAUAGCAUGCACAUAGGAUAGUUUCACUAAUAAGGGUUUCGCACAGAA